AGAUCAUCUGUGAGCUGAGAGGAGCCAAGGCCUAAGCCAAACCAAACCAGAUUCUUCUUCUUCUUCUUCUUCUUCUUCUUCUUCUUCUCCCCUGAUUUCAUUCUUUUCCUCUGCCUUUCUCCCUUUCAUUGUCUGUCCGAUUCUGUUUUCGUCUGUUCCCUCUCGUGGAGGGCGAGAAGAUGUGAGUCUCUGUCUUGCAAGAGUCCUUUUCAACCAUAGAUACCCAUCCCAUCUACCCUCUCUCUCUCUCUCUCUCUAUAUAUAUAUAUAUAUAUCACACACACAUAUAUAAUAAUAUAUCUCUUGAGUGAGCGUGUACGAGACGGGGGAGGUUUGUAAAUUUUCUCUUUCCAUCAUCAAAAGACUGUACUGCACAAAAAACUUUUCUCAAAAGAACUCCGCUUUUAUUUCUCUGUCUGCCAUUGAAUUCCCCCAUAUAUAUCUGCCACUUUUCCCCCCAGCCUCUCUCUCUCUCUCUCUCUCUCUCUCUUUAAACUCUCCCUCUUUAUUUGCUUCCGAGAACGUCAAUGGCCACUGGUUGAUUCCUCUGUAGUAAUUUGUUAAUCCUCAUCUGGGAUCCCCGAUUCGCCCUAUUUUCUCACCUGGGUUCCCCUCGGACUCCGAAUCCCCAGAAACCCGUCGCCAGGCCUCGGACAAGCCGGAAUGGUCGGGCUUUUGUUCUCUUCGCCUGGAACUGUGCUUCUGUAGUCCGUGAAUCCUCGUCUGGGUUCUGCGAUUAGCUCCAUUUUCUCACCGGGGUUUCCCUCCGAUUCCGAGUCCCAGGAAAAAUGAUCAAACUCUUGGACCUGUACCACGUUCUCACGGCCGUCGUCCCGCUCUACGUGGCCAUGAUCCUGGCCUACGGCUCCGUGAAAUGGUGGAAAAUAUUUAGCCCCGACCAGUGCUCCGGCAUCAACCGCUUCGUCGCCCUCUUCGCCGUCCCUCUGCUCUCCUUCCACUUUAUCUCCUCCAACGAUCCCUACUCCAUGAACUUCAAGUUCAUAGCCGCCGACACUCUCCAGAAAGUCAUCGUCCUCACCGUGCUCGCUGUCUGGUCCAGAACUAGCUCCAGAGGCUCCCUCGGAUGGUCGAUAACUCUAUUCUCGCUCUCCACUCUGCCCAAUACGCUCGUCAUGGGGAUUCCUCUGUUGAAGGGCAUGUACGGCGACUUCUCCGGCAGCCUCAUGGUCCAAAUCGUCGUUCUCCAGUCCAUCAUCUGGUACACUUUGAUGCUCUUCUUGUUCGAGUACCGCGGCGCCCGCACUCUCAUCGCUGAGCAGUUCGCCGACACCGCUGGCUCCAUCAUCUCCUUCAGAGUCGACUCUGAUAUUAUCUCUUUGGACGGCAAAGAGCCUCUCGAAACCGAAGCUCAGGUUGGGGAAGACGGAAAGCUUCACGUGACGGUGAGAAAGUCGACCAGUUCGAGGUCAGAGGUUUUCUCUAGAAGGUCCCAUGGCGGGCCUAAUUCCGGCCUUUCAUUGACGCCGCGCCCGUCGAACUUGACGAACGCCGAGAUUUACUCUCUGCAAUCGUCGAGGAAUCCGACGCCGAGGGGCUCGAGCUUCAACCACACGGAUUUCUACUCCAUGGUGAACGGAAAGAACGCGAGCAAUGUGAGCCCGAGGCAAUCCAAUUUCGGCAACUUGGGGUUCGACGAGGAGGCUGGAAUAAAGGGCAAUGGUGUGUACGGACAGGGUAAUUCCGGGUACCCGGCGCCGGCGGGUGCCGGAAUCUUUUCUCCGGUGACGAAGAAGAGGGCCAACGGGGCGGCGGACGGCGGUGGCAAGGAUCUUCACAUGUUUGUUUGGAGCUCGAGCGCUUCGCCGGUGUCGGAGGGCGGGAUUCACGUUUUCAGAGGAGGAGAUUACGGGAAUGAGCUAGGCGGCGUGGCGCAAUCCAAAGAUUAUGACGAAUAUGGAAGAGAUGAGUUCAGCUUCGGGAAUAGGGCGGGCGCGAACGGGGCGGACCGGGAAGGGCCGGUGCUGUCGAAGCUCGGUUCGAGCUCGACGGCGGAGCUCCGGCCGAAGACAGCUCCUCAAGGGGAUCCCAAGCCGACUUCAAUGCCACCAGCCAGUGUCAUGACCAGACUCAUCCUGAUAAUGGUCUGGAGGAAGCUCAUUCGGAACCCCAACACUUACUCUAGCCUCUUUGGCCUUACCUGGUCUUUGGUCUCGUUCAAGUGGGGGAUCGAAAUGCCAGCAAUAAUAGCGAAAUCGAUAUCCAUCUUAUCUGAUGCCGGCCUUGGAAUGGCCAUGUUCAGCCUUGGUUUGUUCAUGGCGUUGCAGCCCCGAAUCAUCGCCUGCGGGAAGAGCAUGGCCGCCUUUUCUAUGGCGGUCAGAUUCCUCACCGGCCCAGCGGUGAUGGCUGCUUCUUCGAUCGCCGUUGGGCUGCGAGGCGUCCUGUUGCACGUUGCGAUCGUUCAGGCGGCUCUUCCGCAGGGAAUCGUCCCUUUUGUCUUCGCCAAGGAAUACAACGUUCAUCCCGACAUCCUCAGUACCGGGGUCAUAUUUGGGAUGCUAGUUGCACUUCCGGUCACUCUUAUUUACUACAUCUUGCUGGGGCUUUGAAGCUGCCUGCCCGGAGAUAUAUAGGUUAGGCUCGACGCAUCCGACCCGAUUGGAACUGGGUUGUCUUUUUGGCUUCUAACAGAAGAUAAAUUAGAGAGUUUCUCAGAGCUGCUUAGAAGAAGAGGAGGGGGAAUGGAAAUGGAAAUGGAUGGAAGACAAAAGGGUGGCUAGAGAGCGAGAGAAGCAGACUGGAAAAACAUUGCUAUGAAGAAGCAGAAGCAGAAGAAGAAAGUUUUUUUUCUUUCUUUCCUUUUAUUUAAUUUUAUGCUUUCUCAUGGGACAAUGUGCACUUUUGCUUUUUUCUUUCUUUAACGAAGAAAGUGAAGCUUGUUUGUAGCUGA